AUGUCCGGUUACGCAGGAGGAGGCCAUUACGACGAUGGCUACGGCCACCCGCCGGCUCAUGGCGACUCGUACUACCAGGAAGAACAUGCCCAGGGCUACUACGAUAACCAGGGCUACAACGAUGGCUAUUACGACAAUGGUGGUUACUAUGGAGACGAAGCCGCCGGCCACGCCCAGGCCCAGGGCCAGGGCCAGGGCCAAGGCUACGCUGACGCGGGCUAUUACGACCAGGGCGGCCACCAGGAUGGCUACUACGGUGAUCAGUACUAUGAUCAGCCCGGUCACGGCCAAGGCCGCCCUCACGACUCCGAGGAGGACUCGGAGACUUUCAGCGAUUUCACCAUGAGAUCCGAGACCGCUCGUGCGGCAGACAUGGACUACUACGGCCGCGGUGACGACCGCUACAACAGCUAUGCCGACAGCCAGUACGGCCGCGGUUACGGUGGCUACCGUCCCCCCUCUUCCCAGAUUUCAUACGGUGGUAACCGAUCAUCCGGUGCCUCCACCCCCGUCUAUGGCAUGGAUUACGGAAACGCGUUGCCGGCUGGCCAGCGUUCGCGGGAGCCCUACCCUGCCUGGAGCGCAGACGCCCAGAUUCCCUUGUCCAAGGAAGAGCUUGAGGACAUCUUUAUUGACCUCGUCAACAAGUUCGGUUUCCAGCGAGACAGCAUGCGUAACAUGUACGACCAUAUGAUGACGCUCCUUGACUCGCGUGCCUCUCGCAUGACCCCCAACCAGGCGCUUCUAUCACUCCACGCCGACUACAUUGGUGGUCACAAUGCCAACUACCGCCGUUGGUACUUUGCCGCCCAUUUGGACCUGGACGAUGCUGUUGGCUUCGCGAAUAUGAAGCUCGGCAAGGCCGAUCGCAAGACCAGGAAGGCUCGCAAGGCUGCCCAGAAGGCCGCCAAGAAGAACCCCGAGAAUGAGGAAGAGACUCUCGAGGCAUUGGAAGGCGACAACAGCCUGGAGGCCGCCGAGUACCGGUGGAAGUCUCGCAUGAACCGGAUGUCCCAGCACGAUCGGGCCCGUCAAAUUGCCCUGUAUCUGCUCAUCUGGGGUGAGGCCAACCAGGUCCGUUUCCUGCCCGAGUGUCUUUGCUUCAUUUUCAAGUGCGCCGACGACUAUUACGGUUCGCCCGAAUGCCAGAACCGGGUUGAGCCCGUUGAGGAGUUCACCUAUCUCAAUGAGGUUGUCACACCCCUCUACCAGUUCUGCCGUGAUCAGGGUUACGAGAUCUUGGACGGGAAGUACGUUCGCCGUGAGCAUGACCACAACAAGAUCAUCGGUUACGACGAUAUGAACCAACUGUUCUGGUACCCUGAGGGUAUCGAGCGCAUCCACUUCGAGGACAAGACCCGCCUGGUCGAUAUUCCCACAUCGGAGCGCUGGCCCAAGCUGAAGGAUGUCGUCUGGAAGAAGGCGUUUUUCAAGACGUACAAGGAGACUCGUUCGUGGUUCCACAUGGUCACCAACUUCAACCGUAUCUGGGUUCUUCACUUGUGUGCUUUCUGGUUCUUCACCGCUUACAACGCCCCGACUCUCUACACCCCCAACUACCAGCAACAGUGGGACAACAAGCCCCCCCCGGCCAAGUACCUGGCUGCUGUUGGCUUUGGUGGUGCUCUUGCCGCCUUUAUCCAGAUCUUCGCUACCAUUUGCGAAUGGUGUUACGUUCCCCGUCGUUGGGCCGGUGCUCAGCAUCUGCGAAAGCGUUUCAUGUUUCUUCUCGCCGUCUUCAUUGCCAACUUGGUCCCAGGUGUUAUCAUCUUUGGUUUCCUGGACAAGCUCGGCACCAAGAACAUUCAGGACAUCGUUGGCCUCGCUCUCGGUAUCGUACACUUCGUUCUCGCUCUGUUCACGGCGGUCUUCUUCGCGAUCCAGCCUCUCGGUGGUCUCUUUGGUAGCUAUCUCAGGAAGAAUGGCCGCCAGUACGUGGCCAGCCAGACGUUCACUGCCAGUUUCCCCCAUCUUCACGGAAACGACAUGUGGAUGUCUUACGGUCUCUGGGUCUGUGUCUUCGGUGCCAAACUCGCCGAGUCCUACUUCUUCUUGACUCUGUCGUUCAAGGAUCCCAUUCGUAUCUUGUCCCCCAUGACCAUCUUCGAGUGCACUGGUGUCAAGUACCUGGGCAAUAUCCUCUGCCACAAGCAGCCGCAGAUUCUGCUCGGUCUUAUGUUCUUCAUGGAUUUGACUCUCUUCUUCCUGGAUAGUUAUCUCUGGUACAUUAUUUGCAACACCAUCUUCUCUGUUGCCCGGUCAUUCUAUCUCGGUGUCUCCAUCUGGUCUCCCUGGAGAAACAUCUUCUCGCGCCUUCCCAAGCGUAUCUACUCCAAGGUUCUGGCCACCACCGACAUGGAAAUCAAGUACAAGCCCAAGGUCCUCAUCUCGCAAGUGUGGAACGCCAUUAUCAUCUCGAUGUACCGUGAGCACCUGUUGGCCAUUGACCACGUCCAGAAGCUACUGUACCACCAGGUCCCGUCCGAGCAGGAGGGCAAGCGUACUCUGCGUGCACCGACCUUCUUCGUGUCCCAGGAAGACCAGUCGUUCAAGACCGAGUUCUUCCCUGCUGGCAGCGAGGCUGAGCGUCGUAUUUCCUUCUUCGCCCAGUCCUUGUCGACCCCCAUGCCCGAGCCUCUACCCGUUGAUAACAUGCCCACCUUCAGUGUCUUGAUCCCUCACUAUAGUGAGAAGAUCUUGCUCUCUCUGCGUGAGAUUAUUCGUGAAGAUGAGCCAUACUCCCGUGUUACUGUCCUGGAAUACCUCAAGCAGCUCCACCCUCACGAGUGGGACUGCUUCGUCAAAGACACCAAGAUUCUGGCCGAUGAGACGUCGCAAUUCAACGGUGAAUACGGUGAGAAGGGCGAGAAGGAUGCUCAGAAGAGCAAGAUCGAUGACCUGCCCUUCUACUGCAUUGGUUUCAAGUCCGCCGCUCCCGAGUACACUCUCCGCACCCGUAUCUGGGCGUCCCUUCGCUCGCAGACGCUUUACAGAACGGUCUCUGGCUUCAUGAACUACAGCCGCGCCAUCAAGUUGCUGUACCGUGUUGAGAACCCCGAGGUUGUCCAGAUGUUCGGUGGUAACUCCGAGAAGCUCGAGCGUGAGCUGGAGCGCAUGGCCCGCCGCAAGUUCCGUAUCUGUGUGUCCAUGCAGCGCUACGCCAAGUUCAGCAAGGACGAACGGGAGAACACCGAGUUCCUCCUCCGUGCGUACCCCGACCUCCAGAUCGCCUACCUUGACGAGGAGCCUCCCGCGAAUGAGGGCGAGGAGCCCCGCCUGUACUCUGCUCUCAUUGAUGGUCACUGCGAACUGCUCGAAAACAACAUGCGCAAGCCCAAGUUCCGUAUCCAGCUCUCCGGCAACCCAAUUCUCGGUGACGGAAAGUCUGACAACCAAAACCACGCCAUCAUCUUCUACCGCGGUGAAUACAUCCAGCUUAUCGAUGCCAACCAGGACAACUACCUUGAGGAAUGUCUUAAGAUUCGCAGUGUCCUGGCUGAGUUCGAGGAGUUGACCACUGACAAUGUUUCGCCCUACACUCCUGGUAUCGCCGCACCCGACAACGACCCGGUCGCCAUUCUCGGUGCCCGUGAGUACAUCUUCUCCGAGAGCAUUGGUGUGCUUGGUGAUGUUGCUGCCUCCAAGGAACAAACAUUCGGUACUCUGUUCGCGCGUACUCUGGCUCAGAUCGGUGGUAAGCUGCAUUAUGGUCACCCUGAUUUCCUGAACGCUACCUUCAUGACCACUCGUGGUGGUGUGUCCAAGGCUCAGAAGGGGUUGCACCUGAACGAGGAUAUCUACGCCGGUAUGAACGCAAUCCUCCGUGGUGGUCGCAUCAAGCAUUGCGAGUACUUCCAGUGUGGUAAGGGUCGUGACUUGGGUUUCGGCUCUAUUCUGAACUUCACAACCAAGAUUGGUACUGGUAUGGGUGAACAGAUUCUGUCUCGCGAGUACUACUAUCUCGGUACUCAGCUGCCUAUGGAUCGCUUCUUGUCCUUCUACUAUGCUCACCCUGGUUUCCAUCUUAACAACAUGUUCAUUAUGCUUUCCGUGCAGAUGUUCAUGAUUGUCUUGAUCAACCUGGGUGCUCUCAAGCACGAGACAAUCACUUGCCGCUUCAACCCCGACUUGCCCAUCACGGAUCCCCUCCUGCCUACCUACUGUGCCGACUUGGUCCCUGUCAUCAACUGGGUCAACCGUUGCGUUGUGUCCAUCUUUAUUGUGUUCUUUAUUUCGUUCGUUCCCCUGGCCGUUCAAGAACUGACUGAGCGGGGCGUCUGGCGCAUGGCGACUCGUCUUGCUAAGCACUUCGGUUCGUUCUCUUUCAUGUUCGAAGUGUUUGUUUGCCAGAUCUAUGCCCAAUCUGUGCACCAGAACUUGUCUUUCGGUGGUGCUCGCUACAUUGGUACCGGUCGUGGUUUCGCCACCGCCCGUAUUCCCUUCGGUGUGCUGUACUCUCGUUUCGCUGGUCCCUCGAUCUACGCUGGUGCUCGACUGCUCCUGAUGCUGUUAUUCGCCACCUCCACCGUCUGGACUCCUGCUCUUAUCUGGUUCUGGGUCUCCUUGCUUGCUCUGAUCAUCUCGCCCUUCUUGUUCAACCCCCACCAGUUCGCCUGGAACGACUUCUUCAUUGACUACCGUGACUAUCUCCGCUGGCUCUCGCGUGGUAACUCGCGCUCUCACGCCUCGUCCUGGAUCGGUUUCUGUCGUCUCUCGCGUACCAGAAUCACUGGUUACAAGAGAAAGCUUCUGGGUGUUCCUUCAGAGAAGGGCUCCGGAGAUGUGCCUCGCGCUCGCAUCACGAACAUCUUCUUCAGCGAGAUCAUUGCACCCUUGGUUGUGGUUGCUGUGACCUUCAUUCCUUACCUGUACAUCAACUCCAGAACGAUGUUCAGUAACGAGGUGAAGUACGCUCCCAACGCCAUCGCCCGAAUCGCCAUCAUUGCGUUCGCUCCUAUUGGUAUCAACGCUGGUGUUGCCGCUGUGUUCUUCGGUAUGGCAUGUUGCAUGGGUCCGAUCUUCAGCAUGUGCUGCAAGAAGUUCGGUUCCGUUCUCGCGGCCAUUGCCCACGCUAUCGCCGUCAUUGCUCUCAUGAUCUUCUUCAUCGUUCUGUUCGUCCUGGAAUCCUUCAGCUGGCCCAGAACCGUCUCGGGCAUGAUUGCGGCCAUGGCCAUUCAGCGCUUUAUUUACAAGUUGAUCAUCUCCUUGGCUCUGACCCGUGAAUUCAAGCAUGAUCAAUCUAACAUCGCCUGGUGGACCGGCAAGUGGUACAACAUGGGUUGGCACUCAUUGUCCCAGCCCGGCCGUGAAUUCCUUUGCAAGAUUACCGAGCUGGGUUACUUCGCUGCCGAUUUCGUUUUGGGUCACAUCAUUCUGUUCUUCAUGCUGCCCGUUCUCGCCAUUCCCUACGCCGAUAAAUUCCACUCAGUGAUUCUGUUCUGGCUGCGUCCCAGCCGUCAAAUCCGUCCUCCCAUCUAUUCGCUGAAGCAGUCCAAGCUCCGAAAGAGACGGGUUGUUCGUUUCGCCAUUCUCUACUUCUUCAUGCUGGUUAUUUUCGUUGUCCUCAUUGCCGCGCCGCUUGUCAUUCGCGAUUUGUCGUCCAUCAGCCUGAGCAUCCGGAAGGCACUCUACGAUGCUGUCGGUGUCAAGUCAAGUGGCCUUGGCCUUCUGCAGCCUCUCGACGCUGGCCUGAACGAUACACAAACGUACUACACGGGAAGUCAUUUGCCCCAAGGCUACAAGUCCCCGCACAACUCCGUCACUCCCACCGGCGGUGACUACAACUUCCAACGCAUGAUUUGA